GGGGCUGUGCGUCCGAGACACCGCAUCGGCUGCCAGCGCGGGUCCCCGUGUGUCUGCAUGGCACCGCAGGCUGUGUGUGUCGUGACGAGUGUGUGGGUCUGCGCGCGUCGGUGUGCGUGGCGUGUCCGCGUCGGAGUCGAGGAGGCCCGGGCCGCGAGUGUCCCCGAGCCCUCUGCGCGCGCGCGUGUGUGUGUGUGUGUGUGUGCGCGCGAGCGCGCGCGCGCCGCGGCGAAGGUGGGUCCGCGUCCUCCGCAGCCCGCCCGACCCGGGCCCCGCGACCCGCCGCGGCGGCCGCUUGCUCGGCCUCCCCUCGCGCGGGGCCGGGCCGGGGAUGGAGCCGCAGCCGGAGCCGCCGCAGCCGGGGCCCGGGCGCGGAGCGGCCUGAGGCGCGGGCGGCGCGCGGGGCCGGGGGGAGGGCGGGCCGAGGGGAGGGUCCUGCGGGCCGGGGGGGCGGGCGCGGCGCGCCCCCCUCCCUCGCGCGCUCGCUCCCUCCCCCGCGCGCCCUCCCUCGCCGCCUCCUCCCGCCGCCUCCGGCCCCCCCUCGCCGGGGACCGAGCGCGCUCGCUCCGGCGCCGGCCUCGCCUCCUCGCAGCAGCGCCAUGGAUGAGUUCCACCCGUUCAUCGAGGCGCUGCUGCCUCACGUCCGCGCCUUCGCCUACACCUGGUUCAACCUGCAGGCGCGGAAACGCAAGUACUUCAAGAAGCACGAGAAGCGGAUGUCGAAGGACGAGGAGCGCGCGGUGAAGGACGAGCUGCUGGGCGAGAAGGCCGAGGUGAAGCAGAAGUGGGCGUCCCGGCUGCUGGCCAAGCUGCGCAAAGACAUCCGGCCCGAGUGCCGCGAGGACUUCGUGCUGGCCAUCACCGGCAAGAAGGCGCCGGGCUGCGUGCUCUCCAACCCCGACCAGAAGGGCAAGAUGCGCCGCAUCGACUGCCUGCGCCAGGCCGACAAGGUGUGGCGGCUGGACCUGGUCAUGGUCAUCCUCUUCAAGGGCAUCCCGCUGGAGAGCACCGACGGCGAGCGCCUGGUCAAGGCGGCGCAGUGCGGCCACCCGGUGCUCUGCGUGCAGCCGCAUCACAUCGGCGUGGCGGUCAAGGAGCUCGACCUCUACCUGGCCUACUUCGUGCGCGAGCGAGACGCGGAGCAGAGCGGUAGUCCCCGGGCAGGGAUGGGCUCCGACCAGGAGGACAGCAAGCCCAUCACGCUGGACACGACCGACUUCCAGGAGAGCUUCGUCACCUCCGGCGUGUUCAGUGUCACCGAGCUCAUCCAGGUGUCCCGGACACCCGUGGUGACUGGAACAGGACCCAACUUCUCCCUGGGGGAGCUGCAGGGGCACCUGGCAUACGACCUGAAUCCAGCCAGCACAGGCAUGAGGAGAACGCUACCGAGCACUUCCUCCAGCGGGAGCAAGCGGCACAAAUCGGGCUCGAUGGAGGAAGACGUGGACACGAGCCCCGGCGGCGAUUACUACACCUCGCCCAGCUCUCCCACGAGUAGCAGCCGCAACUGGACGGAGGACAUGGAAGGAGGCAUCUCGUCCCCGGUGAAGAAAACAGAGAUGGAUAAGUCACCUUUCCACAGCCCGUCUCCCCAGGACUCCCCCCGCCUCUCCAGCUUCACCCAGCACCACCGGCCUGUCAUUGCCGUGCACAGCGGGAUCGCCCGGAGCCCUCACCCCACCUCGGCCCUGCACUUCCCCACGACCUCCAUCCUGCCCCAGACGGCCUCCACCUACUUCCCGCACACGGCCAUACGCUACCCACCUCACCUCAACCCCCAGGACCCACUCAAAGAUCUCGUGUCGCUGGCCUGCGACCCAGCCAGCCAGCAACCUGGACCGUUAAAUGGAAGUGGUCAGCUCAAAAUGUCCAGUCACUGCCUUUCUGCUCAGAUGCUGGCGCCCCCGCCCCCUGGGCUGCCGCGGCUGGCGCUCCCCCCUGCCACCAAACCCACCUCCGAGGGAGGAAGCACGUCGCCGACCUCGCCCUCCUACUCUACGCCCGGCACGCCCCCUGCAAACCGUUCCUUUGUGGGAUUAGGACCAAGGGAUCCAGCGGGCAUUUAUCAGGCACAGUCCUGGUAUCUGGGAUAAGAAAGAUUUCUUCCCACGCCCUGCUCCUCCGUCGCGGGAAUCCCAGGGGGCCGCACAGCCGGCCCCUGGCCCACGUUUUCAGUGGAAAGUUACAGCAAGCAAGAACACCCCGCCGACUCCCAGCCUGGCCGAAAAGACAAAACAGGCACAUAACGUACACACAGGAGGAAAACAAGCAAAAAGGAAAAAAAGGCAAAAAAAAAAAAAAAAAAAAGACAAACGGAAAAAAAAAAAAAAAAAAAAAAACCAACCAUAAAAAUCAACCCACCCAGCCAAGAAGACAAAAGGUGAAGACAGCAACCGUUCAGACUCUCGGGACGCCACCGCCGGACCAGAGGGCCAGGCCCAGCCACCGCUCGGAGGUCGGGGCGUCUUCCUAAGUUAUUCAUCUCCUCUGGCUGCUGCUCCGGAAGGUCGGGCGCCCGCUCCCCGCCUCCGCCCAGGACCAGGUGAGCGCGGCCUGGUGCCCCUGCCCAGGCCCCACGGGGCAGGACACCCAGCCAGGCCACCUCUGCCCGCUGUGGGCCGGGCCUCCGCCGAGUGGGGACGCAGGCGCUGUGGGGACGGUGGGGGGCCGGCGAGGACCCCAGCCGCAGGCAGCAGAGGCCGCCCUGGAGGCCCGGGCGGGCAGGGAAGCGACGAGGGCAGAAGAGGGUUGUGGGGAGACCCUGCGUGUCUCGGGGGGACUGGGAUGCGCGGCAGAAGCUUUCUCCGGAGCGUCCUGCCCCGACGCGUGCACGCGCCCGGCUGGGCUCGCUGGGGACUUGGUCUUUCAGCCCCAGGCCUGCCCUGUUUGGGAGGAGAAGUCUCUAUGCAAUUGACCCCCAGCUCCACCCCUCGGCAUUGGAGGCCACCCCACCCCGCACCCCGCCGCCGGCCCUGCUCCACACGCCCCCGGGGAGGGACCCACGUUGCACACACUGUAAGAAAUGCACUUUCUGAGGAAGGGGCUGGGGCGCGUGGAGAGACCCAGAGCUCCCCGGGAGGGGACACCUGUCUGGAGCCCCCCCCCCCCCCGCCGCCACGUAGCCCACGGAGGUGGGAGGUGAGAGCGAGUGGUUUAAGUGCCUGAUUCCCACCGCCCGCCCCCCUUUGUCCAGCUGGGAUGCGAAAUGGCCGGGGGCCCCUUCCAUUCCCUCCCACAGCCCGGCUGCCUCCAGUCACUGACCCUCAUUGCUGUGCCCCCCUCAGAGCUAGAGAGAUGGGACUCCCCCCACCCCCCCCACCCCACCCACGGUCGGCCCAAGGGGCAGAGCUGGGCGUCCCUCAAGCCCUGCUGCGCUCGGGCACAGGGGUGGGAUCUGGGGAGCCAGCGGGCCCUCCCUCGCCUCCUCUGCCAGUGCCUUACAUCCUGGAGCGACACCCCCUCCCUGGUGCCUCCCGGCCCAAAGGGGGACCACGGUUUGCACUUUCAACUUCCCCCCGCCGAAGUGGGGCGCAGCCAGGGAGGUGCAUUGUGGCCGGGCCCCCACAAGGAAAGUAGGCCGGUCACUGUAGUCCACGUAGGCCUGGAUGGGGUCGGGGAGGGGGGGGGUUUCUGGCCAGGGGAGGGAGGGGCCGGCGCCUAGGGGGGUCCCCUGUAGCCAUGUAGGGGACCCCCCAUCCGCUAAACGUUUUCCGUUGAGCCGCUCCAAAAACACUAAGCUGGGGACACCGGGUGCCCCCCAGCCCCGGCUCCCUGGCCCCACCCCACCUCCAGCCCGGGAUGGCCAUCUUGGGUGGGGGGCCUGGGAGGGGGUGUUAGGUGUUCCCGGGUCACCAGGCCCAGACACAGGGGCCCCUCCCAUCCCGUCCCAGGCCCAGCUGGCCUCCUCCAUGCCUGGCCCUGGGGGAAACCUCCCCCACCGCAGCCCCCCACCCCCCGCCUGGGCCAAAGCCAUCGCCCUGGGGAGGGCCUCCACAGCACCUGCGCCCAGCCUGGCCCUUCUCCCCCUCUCCCGUGCCCCAGGCCUGGCCAGCCUCUCCCACCUCCCCAGAAACUGGACUUUCCUCCCAAACCAGCCCAAGGGGCUUGGCAAACCCACUCGACCAUAGAGAGAAAGACCCGUCCCCACCAACCCCCCUCCCAUCGUCCAGAGGCUUCCAAGAGCCCUUGGUCCGUCCGUCUGUCCCCAGGGCCCCCUCCACCGGGUGGCCGUAGGGGACCAAAGCAUGGGCCGCUCUCCGGGAGGGCAGGAGGGGGUGGGUCGUGCAGUUGGGGUAUCCGGAAGCUUCUCAGCCGGGAACCUUAGGGUGCGGGUAGGCAGGGUAGGGGAGGGGCGCCUGGCACCCCCCAGCUACCUAACUUUGCAUGGUGCUUAGUCGGGGAUUCCUGUGACCUGGCUCCUGAAGUCAGCUCGCUGUGGCUGACACUGCAUGGCAAAUGAUACUUGGCUCUGUCUCCCCCCCCCCGCCCCCCCAGCCCCCCCCACCCUCCAACACUACCCCCCUCCUCUUUAAAAAAAAAAAAAAGAUACAAAAAAAAAAACCUUAAAAAAACUCCAUGUUUCCUAAUUUGCACGGAAUUUUCUACCACAUGAUGUGCCUUGCCUUCC